AUUUAAUCUCUUUGCUGUGUAUUUUUAGUCAAAUUACAGUUUUCAGGUAUGAAAUAUGGAGCGUAAGCUGGCUGAGUUCAGAGCACGAAAGAAAGGCCAGACUGAAGCCAAGAAACCUGCUGAUCGUGUGAUCCAGAGUGAAACGAAAGCAAUAAGCGAUGGUUCUCCAACAGUGUGUACUGGCACACCAGAACAGAAGCCCAACACCUGCCCUCAAAGUCCACACACUGAGGACCACAGUCAUUAUUUGUUGAAUACUACAUGUGGUCAUUGGCUUCAGCGAGUGGCCCUCGCCCAUCUGACCCUGCUUAAAGUGCUGCUGUGGCUCGUGCUGCUGGGGCUUUUUUCAGAACUUGAGUUCGGCCUGCCAUUUUUUGUUAUAUCGUUAUUCUACUGGCUCUAUGAGGGCCUUCGAAUCCCAAAACCCCGACAACCUGGAGAAAUGAGCGUGUAUUCUGUGUUUAAUCCAGAUUGUCAACCCAUCCUGGGAACUUUAACAGCCGAACAGCUGGAAGGAGAGAUGGGAUACAGGCCAAUGGCCAAUAGAUGAACGUGUUUGAAAUCAAGCAAACUUUGCAACUAUCUGGACAAUAAGGAAAACAGUCUAAAUGUAGAUCUGUAAAGUGCACUUGGAAAACUUGUUUGCAUUAUAUUAAUGUAUCUUAGUAAUGAUCAAUUUACCUGUAUUCACAUUAAAUACAAUUCUUUAUUUUAUUGA